CCCGGACCCCGGCGCUUCGUUUCCGUCCGAUUGAUUUCUCCCCCAUCCCAAAUCCCAGCCCUACCCGACACGUUCCGAGACGAGAGAUCCUUCCAUACCGAGGCGGGCGCGCGGCAGACUGUAGGGUGCCCUAGCAAGGAUCUCGCCGGCCCCCCAGCCAUGGCCGAGGCCGCCGACGCGUCGCCUCCUCCUCCCACCGUCGGCCGCGGAGACCGCAAGCGGGGCCGAGCCUCGCCAGUGCUCCCGCCGCCGCCGCCCGGGCCCCCGCCACCCGGCCCGCACAAGAAGCGUAGGGAGGAGGGCGGUGGCGGCUUCGACCGGCGCCGGCUCGGCCCAGUCGGCGGCGGAGGGCACGAACAGGACGACAGGAGGUUUUAAUUCUACACAUGGGUUUUCUGUUUCAAUUUUGGAACUCUAGGCAGUGCUAUAACUAUGAGCAGAAAGGAUGGAGAUUCUGUGACGAGUUUUCUUAAAACAGUCCCCAAUUUUUCUUGCACAUCUUUUGAGCACUGUGUCAGUUUUUUGAAGUUUCUGUGAUUUGUUUCCUAGGUAUGGAAAUGGUCUUGGUGGUGUAGGAGGAAGAGGUGGUGAUGGUCAAUAUACGAAUCGUGCACCAGAUUGGUCGGAUUCUGGACGUGGUGGAUGGAAUGAGGGUCCUGGGAACAGUCGUAGGGAAGGAUUGAUGUCAUACAAGCAAUUCAUUCAGGAACUUGAAGAUGACGUUUCACCAGUUGAAGCUCAAAGCAGAUACGAGGGGUACAAGUCAGAAUACAUCACAACUCAGAAGAAAGCAUACUUUGACCUCCAUAAGAAUGAAGAUUGGUUAAGAAAUAAGUACCAUCCUACAAACCUUGAAAAUGUCAUUGAAAGAAGGAAUGAACUGGCAAGAACUACUGCAAAUGAUUUCUUCCUAAAAUUGCAAAGUGGAGAUCUGGACAUCGGUCCAGGUUUGACGGGUUCGGCAGUGAGCAAAUCAGGAAAUAAUAGCAGUAAAAAUCUAGAUGCUGUGGAAGGGGAUGGUAAAAAGGGAAAACAUGGAAAGGGUUCUGAUGAUUCAUAUUAUGCUGCUUCCAAGGCUCACCCAGUUAGUUCCGAGGUUCGUCGAAUUCGAAUUGACAUUGAGCAAGCUCAAGUUCUCAUUCGUAAACUUGAUUCUGAGAAGGGUAUUGAAAACAACGUUCUCUCAAGUAGUGACCAUGAAAAGUCAGACAGGGAUAAGUCACAUGGUUCAGUGGGGCCAAUUGUUAUAAUACAAGGAUCAUCUACUGUGAAGGGUCUUGAGGGUGCUGAGUUGCUGGACACUCUUGUUACUUAUUUAUGGCGUAUCCAUGGUGUGGAUUAUUAUGGUAUGUCUGAGACAAAUGAACCUAAAGGCCUAAGGCAUGUGAAAGCUGAUGCAAGGACAUAUAAUGGGGCUAGCUCAAAUGGUGCUGAAUGGGAGAAUAAACUUGAUUCAUUCUGGCAAGACAGAAUUCAAGGUCAGGAUCCAUUAGAAAUGUUGAAAGGAAAGGAGAAGAUUGAUGGAGCUGCUACUGAAGUCUUGGAUCCAUAUGUGAGGAAAAUAAGGGAUGAGAAAUAUGGGUGGAAAUAUGGAUGUGGAGCCAAGGGCUGCACGAAACUUUUCCAUGCCGCUGAGUUUGUCCAGAAGCAUCUUAAACUGAAGCAUGCAGACUUGGUGGUUGAUCUAACUUCAAAAGUGAGAGAGGAUAUUUACUUUGAGAACUAUAUGAAUGACCCAAAGGCGCCUGGUGGUACACCUAUCAUGCAGCAACCUGCUCCAAGGGGAAAAGGCAGACAAAGGCCACCAAUAGAGAGUCGGCUGAGGGAUGAGCGUGGGAAUCAUAGGUUCGACAGGAAUGUUGAUUCACCAAAACGUGAUGGGUCUGGUGAAAAUCCCGAUGAUCCUAUUUAUGAUUCGUUUGGUGAUCCAGCUAUGCAUGGUGCCUUCCCUCCAGAUAUCCCUGCUCCCCCGGUUCUAAUGCCUGUGCCUGGUGCUGGUCCGCUCGGACCGUUUAUUCCCGCACCACCCGAAGUUGCCAUGCAUAUGUUGAGAGAUCAGGGUGCGCCGCCACCUAUUGAGCCAACCGGAGGUCCACAUCCUAGGAAAGCAGGGACGGGUGGUGGUCCUUCAAUGCGUGGCCCAUCCCCAAUCUUUGGCGCUCCUUCCCCUCAUCAUAUGCAUGAUCCUCGCAGAAUACGAAGCUACCAAGACCUCGAUGCUCCGGAGGACGAAGUGACUGUCAUGGACUACCGAAGCUUGUAGACUUCCUCCAGUUCUUGUGCAUCCAGAUACCUUUGUAGUCAACAUUUUUAGCGCGAGAGAAAAACACCUUGCUCUUUCUAGAAUCGCCGCGGAGGAAACCCCGGCAGGCUUUUUGUGUCGCGACCACUGAGAUGUCAGCUUCUCAGUGUUUUGUAAAACGAAACACAGGAAGUACAUUACAACUUCUCCCCAUUAAACAAGGUGAAAGAUUUCCAUCAGUGUUUUGUUUUUUUGGUCAGCCCAGCAUUGAUGUACAUGUACGUACCUUGGCAAAUAGGGCGGGGGUUCGUUUGUCGCUG